AUGAUAUUCUCGGCGUAUCCUCGUCAUACCCUUCAUUCGCAAAAGAACAGCAACAUCGUGGGCCACUAUGAAUUCUCGUCUUCAUCGAACAGUCAACCACCACCUUCUUCUCGUGAUCCUCCGGCCCCUAUUGCCGUGAUAUUUCCUGAUCCUUUUGCUUUCCAUCAACCAACGCCCGGUGAAAAAUACAUCACGUAUCUUCCCCAUUCCGGAUUCCACAAUCAACGCAUUGAACUUGAAAAUGCGUUACUGCUGGCAUCUUAUCUGAAUCGAACGUUACUGUUGCCGCCCGUGUUUCUCGGCAAUCCGGCCAUGCCGUGGCUGCGGUACGAAAAGAUGUACGAACGUUUAUUGUUGCAGACCAAGCGCGGUCUCGAGCAUUGCCCUCGGUUUGAACCAGACGAAUCGAUCCCCGCCGAAUGUCUGAAUUAUUUUCGAUGGACGAGCGUGCCUUGGUCGUUUUUCUACGACAUGGGGGUCUUUCAAGAUAAAGUACGGAUCGUGCAAAGAAACGACUUGAGUUUGGAAUGGAUGUACGAGUCCUUGGGAUUGACAGAAAAGAAUGUACGGUUUAUGAGGGAUAUGUCACCGUAUGAAUUCCGCGUUUAUGAUAAUCCCGCUUCCACGACACCUCUUGCCAAAUUUGUGAACCGGAUCGAAUUAGCGUCGCUGGAAGCCAUCCAGGAGCCGUUGAUCCAUUUUGGGUCCGUGUUUGGCACGUAUCGUGUGCUUGCGCAGACGGAAGAGCACGCCGAGUUGCUUCGAUUUAUUCGCACCCACAUGAUCUUCAAAAACCCGGUUCUCGUCGACACGACAGCGCGAAUUGUGGAACAGCUAGGUGGCGUGGGGUCGUUUGUGGGAUUGCAUAUACGAGUAGGGGAUGGUUUAUUCAAAGUCCGUGCAUCGAUCAAUGUGGACGACAUAUAUCACGAAUUGGUGAACAAGUUCACCGAUCUAGAUGUAAGUCAAGUCAAGGCGUUGGAGGAAUACAAGCACGAUCAAGAUCGUCAGGAAAAUACCGAUUACGAGGUCCGUCAAUUGCGAAAGUUCCGACCCUUGGAAGACACUGCCAAGCCGGUGGAGGUGCAUCACCCUCCUGCAGCCGAGUUAGAAAAGGUGUUGGGUCCGCGGCCGGAGAUUGCAUUACCGUGUCAGGCCGCCAAUUCAGUGACGGAAAAGUUCCAAAAGACGGUCAUUUACAUUGCCACCGACGCCAGCGAUCCUCGAAACAACCCGCUGUUGCGCAAAAUCUUUGCCACCUUCCCCUGUGUAUUUACCUUGUCGGAUUUCGCCAAAGAACUCAGCGAUUUGCAACGGAUUCAGGUUGUGGAAGAGAAAGUGAAAUUGACAAGCUAUCUGAUUCCCAUGCUCGACGCCAUGAUUUCUGCUCAAGGACACACAUUUUUCGGGACCAAGGACAGCACGUUUUCCAGUUACAUUGAACGGCAAUUGCAUCCCGUUUAUACCAACAAAGAAGUCAAAGUCAUGAAGGUGCCUGGGAAACAAGCGACGGCUGCUGUCACCACCACGCAACCGAUCGAUGGCAAUUUCCAUCCAUGA